AUGGUAGCCAAGCCUCCUGCAAAGUAUGAAACUCGACUGAAGCUCUUGAAGCUUGUCCACACAGAAAUAUCUCGCUUGAAUGACGGCCUUGCCAAAUCUGAACGAGAGAACAAGACCCGUCCGUCGGGGAAUGCUAAUCCGCACGAUCAAGGGCCCGGAGCUCGGCCAGAAAAGGAAGCGGGUAAGAAGGACGCGAGCAUUGCGCUUCCUCCCCAGGAUCUCAUUGUGCUCGCUCUGGGGGAAGAGGAGACCGCGGCACUCGACAAGCCCGAUAUUUACACCACUGCUAUGCGUAAUGUGUACAUGAAGUACAAGCGCAUGACACCUGACCAAUGGUGGGACGUGUGCAAAGCUAAGCAGAGCGCUGAGAAAUCAGCAUGGGCCCCUGCUGAUGGCGGAAAGCAAAUCGUGACGGGCCACCUCUUGGCCGUCGGGGGAUCUGCUGCUAGAUGUGUUGGUGAGACCCAAGGGGAGGUUCUCGAUCUCAACUCGAGGUACUCGGGCGUCUUUCCCGAAGACAUGGUUAACGCCGAGCCCUAUGGCGCUUACGACACGGAAAACCUCCCCGUUCCCACUGAGAUCAAGGCCGCCAGUGCAGAAGGACCAGCAAAGCGUCAAUAUAAAAUUCUCGAAGACGCCAGUUCGAUCCGCGGCCACGACAGUGCUGAGGACGCCAGAGCAGCGGGCGCACUCGCAAGACUCAAGGUCAAGGAUGAGUGGGAUCGCCUGAAGCUCGAGGGGUGGUCUGUAGUCCGUGGUAACAUCGUUUCACCCGACUAG